AUGCUGGCAAAGAAGACAAAUUUUAUCUUCAUUGAUGCAGAUGAUUUCCAUCCCAAUUCAAACAAAGAAAAGAUGAAGAAUGGGAUCCCUCUUUCAGAAGAAGAUAGAAUCCCAUGGCUUGAAACACUUCGAAAUGUCUUAAGACAAUGUUUAGAAGAUAAGAAAAGCACAAUUCUCGGUUGUUCGGCACUGCAAAAGCAAUUUAGGGAGAUUCUUAGAUCGGCUGAUCCGAACUAUGUACCACAAAGCUAUGUCAGCAGCACUGUCAAGUUUGUUCUGUUGGAUGCUACGGCUGAGGUGCUUGCGGCACGGUUAGAGAAGAGAGCUGCCCAAGGAAAGCAUUUCAUGCCCUCUACCCUUUUAAAAUCACAGUUGGAGUUGCUUCAGAUUGAUGAUUUAGAGAUAUUAUAUAUAUAUAUAGUACAGGUCUUGUGUGUCCAAGACUUGAGUCAACCAUUAUCACAAUUUCCUAGUGUUUGGGCUUCGAAAGUCUUCACACAACAAUUGCUGGUUUGUGUGGUUACGCAGUACAAUAGGUGUGAUACAGAUGAUUUCCAUCCCAAUUCAAACAAAGAAAAGAUGAAGAAUGGGAUUCCUCUUGCUGAAGCAGACAGGAUCCCAUGGCUUGAAACACUUCCAAAUGUCUUGAGGAAAAGUUUACAAGAUAAGAUAAGCGUGAUUCUUGGUUAUUCAGCGCUGCAAAAGCGAUACAGGGAAAUUCUUAGAUCAGCCGAUCCAAAUUAUGUACCACAAAGCUAUUGCAGCAACAUCAUCAUGUUUGUUUUGUUGGAUGUUGUGGCUGAGAUGCUUCAAAUUGCUACAGAAGAAAUUUUUUUCAUGCUCUCUACCCUUUUAGAUUCGCAGUUGGAGUUGCUUCAAAUUGAUGAUUCUGAAAGUAUAUUAAUGGUAGAUGCCUCUCUUGCUCCUCAAAUUAUAGUAGAAACCAUUCGAACAUUGAUAAUUAUGAAGAUGAACUCCUUAUACUUUGAAAACUAACUGCAAGCUAGCUACUGU